AUGGCAACCAGACUCGAAACUCCCACCACAGACCCCGAGUGGGCUGCUCUCAUCUCGACAGUCAAAGACGAUCUACCCGAAGUACACACAGUCUACCACACGCCUCUCCCUGACGCCGUCGCUCGCAGCAUCGACCACACCCAGCUCGCCGUCGACGCAACAGCCUCACAAAUCGACACUCUCUGCAAGGAAGCCCAAGAACACAAAUUCGCAACCGUCUGCGUCCGUUUACCCUUUGUCUCCCGCGCCGCUGAGAACUUGCAAGAUUCCAAGAGUAAAGACGUUGGCAUCGCCUGCGUGGUUGGCUUCCACGAGGGCACCUACCCUACCAACGAAAAGGUUCAGGAAGCCACCAAAGCCAUCGCGGCGGGAGCAUCAGAGCUUGAUAUGGUACUGAACUGGCCGCAGCUCAAACAAGGCAAGUACACAGCCGUGUACGCAGACAUCCACGCUGUGCGCCGCGCCGCGCCGCGUCCCAGGACGAAAUUGAAAGUCAUUCUGGAGACCUCCCAGCUCACGCGGGAUGAGAUCAUUACGGGAUGUGUGAUUAGUGAUAUGGCAGGUGCGGAUUUCGUGAAGACGUCGACGGGGUUUAACGGUGCGGGGGCGAAUAUCGAAAAUGUGAGAUUGAUGCGGGAGGUUGUGGAUAUGCUUGCCAAUGGGUGCAAGGUGAAAGCCUCGGGAGGUAUUCGCACGGCAGAGGAUGCUGUUGAGAUGAUCAAGGCGGGCGCAUCGAGGAUUGGUGCGAGUGCUGGUGUUAAGAUCGUGAAUGAGCUGGCUGGUAAUGCUGUGCGGCCGAAUGCUUCGACGCCACUGGGUGGUACAAUAGGGGGAUAUUGA